AUGAAGAAAAGAAAAGCAGCAGCUACAACAAUCAAGAAGCCCACUCCAGAAAAAAAAAUUAAAGACUUCACUAUCACUAAAGAAGAUUGCGAUAAACUCAAGGUCGAUCAAUUGUUUGAAGAUUUACCAACUAUAAAAUGGUCUGAUCUUGACAAGUUGAUUGACCAGCUUAUCAAUGUAUAUCAAGAUACACUUGGUAGCACCACCGCUUUUAACAUCGUUCUACAAUCUCUGGAAUCAAUUUACAGUAAAAGGAGCAAUAACAAAAAUCUAUGCCACUACGUAUCGAAAUGUACUGAAUAUUUAAAGCAAAAUCAUAUUCGCAUUCUAUUUGAUAAAAAGUUUGCUUCAAAAGUCUCUAAAUUUCAAGUUAACGAACUGAAGAAAAAGAACAGACUACAAGGGGAACGCGCUACUGUUUUAAUCACACAUCAAGCCGGGGAGAAAUAUUAUGAGGAGCUGUUAUCGGCAUCGCAAGUAAGCAGAUUGUAUAAAUGA